GCUUCACUGUCAUUCAGCCAGCGGCCAUGUUGGUUUCAUUAUUUGAAAUUAGAAUGCCGUCGCGGCCGGAAGUGCGAGUGCCGCGAAAAUUAUAAGAAGAAAAAACUUUGUUUCGCGCGCUUUUUAGCGAAAAGCGGUUGCUGGGCAAAGAGUUGGUAAAUAAAAUAGUGAUUUUAAUUUUUUUUAUAAUGUGACGAUUCGUGAUUUUUAAAUAUUUAAUGCAGUGCCGUGUAAAGUGACUGGAAAAGCGGUGAAAAUCGAUUGAGCAACAAUGGACAACGAGCACACUCCCUUCGCGGUGGAAGACGCCCCGGCAGGCCGGCUGAGCGCGCGCGCGCCGCCGCGGCUCACGCUCGACUCCGUGAACAGAGUCAGCCACGGACUGCCCACCAGCCCUGGCGGUCAGGUCCUCGACAGAGUGGUCCAAGGUCUGGAGAAGGCGAGCAAGGACCUGGACCGCAUGGACCGCAUCACGUUUGAGAGUGAGAAGCUGCAGACUCGAAGUGAGUCGUCUUCGAGACGCAACAGCAAUGACGGUGGUCGCGCCAGAAGGGAAGGGUUUCGAGGAGAUGACAUAAGCUCGGAGCCUCCCACAGCGCACGUGGCGCGCGAGCCGGACGCGUGGCCCGGCAGCGCCGCCUCCACCACCACCGAGCUGUCAGCGGCUGACAGCAGCGACGCCACGUCCAUGCCGCGCCGCCGCAGCCACGAGUCCGCCCUGCCCGGCACCCCCCUGCACGGCCGAGCGCCCUGGAAGUCAGCCGACAGCCUGCUGGUGCCAGACUCGGCGUUCGGCACCUCGCUGGCUGACAUCAUGGAGAGCCCGGCUAAUAAGAUCCACCUCCGCGAAGACCUUAAGACCCCCGACAGCGGCGACGAGCGGCGCCCGCGCCUCGGCUGGCGCAUGGUGCGCAACGUGACCCUGGCUGCUGGGGCCUUCUCGCCCAAGUUGAGGGGAAACGGGCAGGACCCACCGUCUGCGCUGCCGGGCACGCCGCUACCGAGCUUUCAGUCAAAGCCCGAGAGCAAGAGAUCUGACUACAAUGAUCGGAAGCCAUCACUGCCUUUGUACACUAAUGAGAAGGAGGAAAAUAUCGGAGAAACAAACCCGGAGGGUCUAGAUCCAGAGUCAAUGUUUUUCCGGGACGGAAGAAGACGGAUAGACAUGGUGCUCGCAUUCGAAGAGGAGGACUUUGGGGUCAUGACCGAAAUAGAAGCACGCAAGAGAGAGUACAGGAGGACUUUUCAUGAUAAUCUAGUCAAAGAAGGUCUGGAGUUGGAAUUAGAGAAUAAGUGUUUAUCAUUUGACGAGAAGACUUGGUUCCUAAAGAUACACAUACCGUGGAAGACUGAGAUGAGGUUAGCCGAAGUCAUAGGGAUGAAGUUGCCAACAAAGAGAUUCAUCACAAUUUCCGUUAAAGCUUGGAGUGAAGAGAUGCAAGCGGAGAAGGACAAGAAAUGGCAUUCAAAAUGGCGUCGGCGGUGGAAGCAGCUGUAUGAGUAUGAACACAGCCGCAUCGAGCCGGAGCCCUCGUUUUAUACUGCUACGGACCAGCGAGGAGUGCGGAGAGAGGAACAGUUUUUAGUAAAAGACCGCCAUACUCAGUUCUCUCCGGCCCAAAGAAGUUUACUAGUCAUGCAGAUUCUCCUUAGAUGUAAAUAUGAUAAUACUGACACGAAGAUGGGCAUCCGUCGUCUCCUGAACGACGGCACGUACACCGCGUGCUUUGCGCUCCACGAGGGGCCUUACGAGACGGACAUGAGCGACGGGUCUGUCACUGAUCGACGGCUCCUAUACCUAGAGUGGGCGCGUCCCUGCAAGUGGUACAAGAAGCAGCCGCUGUGGCUCAUCCGUCGAUACUUCGGGGACAAGAUAGCUCUCUACUUCUGCUGGCUCGGAUUCUAUACCAAGAUGCUGUACGCUCCAGCCAUUGUUGGGACGCUGUGCUUUUUGUAUGGGCUUGCUAGCAUGGAGUCUCAGGAUAAUAUUCCCAGCAAAGAGAUCUGCGACACAAAUGGUCCGGGCAACACGACGCUCUGUCCCCUCUGCGACAAAGCGUGCCAGUACCAGAGCCUGGCCGACUCGUGUCUGUUCGCCAAACUCACGUACCUCUUCGACAACCCCGCUACUGUGUUCUUCGCUAUAUUUAUGAGCUUUUGGGCAACGACAUUCUUAGAACUCUGGAAACGUAAGCAGUCAGUCCUAAGAUGGGAGUGGGACCUGGGGAGUGUUGAUCAGGACGAAGACCCGCGUCCAGAAUUCGAAGCGUCAGUGAAGACGUUCCGCACGAACCCGGUGACGCGCGAGAAGGAGCCGUACCUGCCCGCCUGGCAGAAGACCAUGCGCUGCGUCGCCACCAGCGGCGCCGUGCUGUUCAUGAUCUGCAUAGUGAUGGGUGCUGUUCUGGGCACCAUCAUCUACCGGAUCUCCAUGGUGUCUGUGAUCUACGGUGGCUCCGGAUUCUUCAUCAAGAAGCACGCCAAGAUCUUUACCACCAUGACCGCUGCCGUCAUCAACUUGAUCAUCAUCAUGAUUCUUACUAGGAUAUACGCAAAAGUAGCGGUCGUGCUGACUAACUUAGAGAAUCCGCGGACGCAAACAGAGUAUGAAGACUCGUACACGUUCAAGAUCUUCUUCUUUGAAUUCAUGAACUUCUACUCUUCGCUUAUUUACAUCGCAUUCUUUAAAGGCCGCUUCUACGACUAUCCCGGCGACGACCAGGCCAGGAAGUCCGAGUUCUUCAAACUGAAGGGAGACAUCUGUGACCCAGCCGGCUGCCUGUCGGAGCUGUGCAUCCAGCUCGCCAUCAUCAUGAUCGGCAAGCAGAGCUUCAACAACUUCAUGGAGCUGGGUUAUCCAAAGUUCCACAACUGGUGGCGCGCGCGCUCGCACCGCGCUGUGACGCGUGAUCUCAGCAAGCCUCACAUGGCUUGGGAACAGGACUACCACCUGCAAGACCCUGGGAGGCUGGCUCUGUUCGACGAGUAUUUGGAGAUGAUCCUCCAAUACGGCUUCGUGACCCUCUUCGUGGCAGCCUUCCCUCUGGCCCCGCUGUUCGCCCUACUCAACAACAUCGCGGAGAUCCGCCUCGACGCGUACAAGAUGGUGACGCAGGCACGCCGCCCGCUGGCCGAGAGGGUCGAGGAUAUUGGCGCUUGGUACGGCAUACUAAGGGGGAUUACUUACGCCGCUGUCGUAUCAAAUGCGUUUGUGAUAGCCUACACCAGUGACUUCAUCCCGCGCAUGGUGUAUAAAUACGUGUAUUCCCCGGACAACACCCUCACCGGGUAUAUUGACCAUUCGCUGUCAUUAUUCAACACAUCGGACUACCGCUCGGAGUGGGGCGCGGACACGGAGGAGGACCCGCCCACGUGCGCGUACCGCGGGUACCGGAACCCGCCCGGCCACGGGGACCCGUACGGGCUGUCCCCCCACUACUGGCAUGUGUUCGCCGCGAGACUCGCUUUUGUUGUUGUUUUUGAGCACGUGGUAUUCGGCCUAACCGGGCUGAUGCAACUCUUCAUCCCGGACAUACCAACUGAACUACGCACUCAGAUGCAAAGAGAAGUCCUCUUGGCCAAAGAGGCUAAGUACGAGCACGGAAGAAGGAGGCUGAGCACGGAAUACCGACAGCUGCUGACGCAGAAGAGCGACAGUACCCCAUUCUCCUCUUCGGAAAGACCUGUAGGCGCCUGGCUGCGAAGAACAUCGAGGGCAUCAGAUGGAUUGGACGCCCACGUGGCUGUUUCGCAAAGGCCUUCGUCACCGCACAAGCGUUUAUGAAAAAAAACUAACCAUAGACAAACUGCACAAGAGUUUAUGAAGAAAAAACUAACCAUAGACAAAUGAGAAAUGGCGUCCAUUAUCAGUGCCGACUUCUUGCCUAUUACCGAAGCGGGAAAAUAAAUGUUGAGUACUUUUUAAGUCAUAGUUUUGUAAAUAUGUAGACGACUACACUUUUAGUCAUAGUAAUUUAAGUAAUCAAUUAAUUGGGAGCUUUCAUCGACACAAACAUGACAAAGAAUGGUAGACGAUAAAAAUAAAGUAUUGCAUUUACAAAAAGUUUGAGUACGUACGAACCUACUAUCGAUUUGAGAUAAGUAAUAAUUAUAUACUUAAGUAAUAUAUAUGGGACCCUUUCUACUGGACCAGUGAUCUCAGACAGUUAACUAAGUACAGUCCAACUACAU